UAACGACCUCACCUCAAUGUUUACAACCAGGCCAACAAUAGUUGCGUUACACAAGCCUGCGGUACGAGUCUCGUGGCAAGCCAAUGCCGGUAUCAAGCAAUCAGCUCUCUCACGAACAGCAAGCCGCACAUUCGCCGUCACAAUGAGUGUGAGACGUCACCACUUCGCGCCUCUCGGCGGCGACAGUGGAAGCAAUUCAGACACAAACUUGCUCCGCCUGCGAGGCAUCGUCUUCGACAUGGACGGCACACUGUGCGAACCCCAAAACUGGAUGUUCAGCCAAAUGCGCUCAGAAGUCGGGAUCCCCAAAUCCGAAGACAUCCUCGACUACAUCCACGCCUUACCCGAACCUCAACAAAUCGAAGCCUUCGAAAAAAUCAAAGCCAUCGAAAGCGAAGCUAUGUCGAAACAAAUCCCUCAAGCAGGGUUAGUGGCUCUCAUGGAAUUCCUGGAUCAGCAUAAGAUUAAAAAAGCAAUUUGUACGAGGAAUUUCGAUGCGCCUGUGAAUCAUUUAUUGGAGAAACAUGUACCUUCGCAUUUGAAUCCUUUCGAUCCGGUGAUUACAAGGGAUUUCAAGCCGCCGAAACCGUCGCCGGAGGGGAUCUUGCAUAUUGCUAGGUCCUGGGGCGUGGUGGGUUCGAAAGCAAAGGCGAGCGCUGAUGGUGUGAAGACUCCGGUGUUGCCUAUUAUUAUGGUUGGCGAUUCGGUGGAUGAUAUGGCUGCUGGUAGGGAUGCGGGUGCGCUUACGGUGUUGUUGAAGAGUGAAGGGAAGGAGGAGUUGGAGACGGAUGAGAGGACUGAUGUUGCGAUUGGGACGCUGGAUGAAUUGAUUACGUUGUUGGAGCGAGGGAUCAAGCCCGCUCGGUAACGACUUUGGGCAUCAUUCUGAUUGUGCCAAACAGGCGAUCGUCGACGAUGCGAAGUACCGAUGUCGCAUAAGCUGACCAAAGCUCCCACUUCCUGGAGGUCUCAUCUUCCGGCCUUGCAAAUAAUUCGCUCAUAGAUGAUGUUCAAAUUGCAAGUAACAUCCUUAUACAGUAGAACACGGCCAAGCUCAAUUUAUU